UAUUGAACCAUCAUCAUUAUUAUAUUUUUCUCUCUCUUUAUUUUUCUCUAUCUUUCAUGCUUUAAGAAUUUACGAUGAAAAGGGGAUGGAAGGAAAGAUAGAAAGAAAGAAAGAAAAAAGGGUAAAGAAAAACCGAUGAGAUGAAAAGAUAGGUGAUUCUCGUAAGAAGUAUCUAUUUUAUACGUUUUGCUAAUAAUAAUUAUAAUUAGGUGAGGAGGGGGUAAACCAUUAAAGAAGAUAAGUAACAUCUAUAAGUGUUAGAUAAUUUUUCGAGAUUUGCAAUGAUUCAUUUUCUCUUUGAUGACUAGGCGUCAACUAGGGGUCCAAUCAUAUAUCCGUUAAUUGAGGAUAACGUAAUCGAUGUGUUGCUGUCGAUCAUUUUAAUUUUUUUUUUUUUCGCAAUAGCCGGUAAUACAAAUUUGCAUAUUAAUGGAUGUCAGUCAGGAGAGAUAGAAAGAAUGAGAGAGAAAAAGAGAGAAAAAGAGAGAAAGAUAGAGAAAAAGAGAGAGAGAGAGAGGACUCAUCAUCAACGAAAAAGACGAGACAGGAAGACACUGAGGACUGGCAGGUGUGGAUAAAGAGGUCGGAGGGGGAUGAUGUCGCCUUGGCGUCCGAACGUUUCACAUGGCAACCAAGAUUAUCCUUCGGGAUUCGUGCGUUAAACCAGGCGGACGAAUCUCUACCUAUAAAAUAACCCGUCCUGGUCGACACUGGACACAUUACGUUCUUCCGACUCAUAGUGGUGCGACUUACCUUCUAGAAUCAGGAAAAGGACCUAAAGAGACGACGACUUCCUCAUCGUGUGUGUCUUCUUAGAAGAAUCAAUCGUUAAAUAUAAUAAUAUACGACACUAGAAACGACAUGUCGAUCCAAUCAUCAAUUUACAUACUUGUACUAUUGUCUGUCGUAUUUUUAUCGUGCAGCUUUGGUCAUCCCUUUAUCAGACAACGCGAGGACGGUAGACAAAUUUGCGAUGGUUGUGGAUAUGAAUGCGAUAAGUGUAAAUAUGGUUUUACGAUAUCGACUCUUUGCGGUAUUCCUGUAUGCAAAAGGGGUCCUGGCGAGGUUUGCGGAGGACCAAGCGAAUCAUGGGGAAUAUGCGGCGAUGGUUUGAUAUGCAGUUGCAAUAAAUGCAGCGGUUGCAGCGUAGAAGAACUCGAUUGUUAUUCGCAUACUUGCCCACCUCAUCUCAGUUUGGAAUCACGUCAUUCCGAUGCAUAUUUUCGCUUUCCACCUGCGGCCAAAUAAAUAAAUAAUAGGGAACAACAAAUCAUCGAUUUGGAUAUUUUGAAGAACGUGAGAAAGUGCGUAGGGUUAAUUAAUGAAAAAGCUUCUAAUUAGAAAACAAAAAUAGUCAAAAAAACAAAUAUUCAUAUUAUAUAAUACAUUCCAACAAUUGAUCUCAUCAUAGUUUAGAAUUAGAUAGAUAUAUAUAUAUAUAGAGUUUUGAUUAAUUUUUUAAUCGUCUAUCUCAGAAAAUUAAUCUGUGCGUCUCUGUGUGUAAUGUGAGUGUAUGUCUAUUCGUUAUUUAAUUAUUUCUUUGACAAGCAUUCCGAAAUAGAAGAUAACAAAAAAAUAGCAAGCAAGUAACAAACAAACAAACAAACAAACAAACAAAUAAACCAUCGAAUUAAAGACAGAAGAGAGAAUAUUUAUAGGAAAAAAAAAGGAAAGAAAAGUAACUAUGAUCUCGUUA